GAUCUGGCCCAUCAUAAAGCCUGUCUCAUCGAAGUUGUACAUGUCUUCAUCCUGGAUGCCAUACUUGGCUUUGACGUUGGCUACCAGGCCAAACCAGCCCUGCAGAACCUCAGGAUCCUCACAGAGAGCUCUCUUCUCAGGCGAGCGCGUUACAAAGCGAUCAGCCCAGCACUUGCCAAUAGGCUUGCCACCGCGUACAGCCAGCAGUUUAUCAGCCAUAUCUGCCACCUCGCACAGCCAGGGCGCAAAUCCUCGCAAGUCGAGGUUGAGUAUGUAUUGGAUGAUCGUCUGCUAUUC